UGCGAAUUUUAUAAAUCUUACAAAGGAUUCAUCAAGGAACCAUUAAAUGAUGAAGAAGCCAAUUUUCCAAUAGCUUAUAGCAUGUUAAUAUACAAAGAUUAUGAACAAUUCAUUAGAUUAUUCAGAGCUGUUUACAGACCACAGAAUUAUUAUUGUAUACACGUUGAUAAGAAAACAGAUUCAAAUUAUAAAUCAAAUGUUGAAGCUCUUGCUAGGUGUUUUCCCAAUGGAAGAGUCUUUGUUGCUCCGAUAUCUUAUGAUGUUCAAUGGGCCACUUUCACCGUACUACAACCUGAACUUGACUGUAUGAGAGAAUUAAGCAAGAUGCGACCUCUGUGGAAAUAUUUUAUCAAUUUGACCGGCCAGGAAUACCCAUUAAGAACAAACUGGGAACUAAUUCAAAUAUUAAAAAUUUUUGAUGGAGCUAAUAAUGUGGAGGGCACUUUUAAAAGAAGCUACUUGAUUGGCCGAACACAGCAGGUUUCGUUCAACGGGAGUUUAAUGCACUCUGUCAUCCGCAUGUAUCAUGCUCAAAAUCAUCCACCUCGCGGUAUCAUUAUCUGGAAGGGCUCCGUGCAUGUUGUGCUCUCAAGAGCAUUUGUUGAUUUUGCUCUUCAUCACCCAAUUUCCAUUGCUCUGCAGAAUUAUUUGAAAGAUAUCUUUGUACCUGACGAAUACUUUUUCUCCACACUUAAUAAUAACCCUAACUUUGGAGUGCCUGGAAGUUACAAUGAUCCUGUUAACAACCGCUUCAUCGCUCGAUUUAAAAACUGGGGGUAUCCACCAUUUGCUUGGCCAUGUAAAGGUAAAUGGGUUCGCCAAAUUUGCAACUUUGGCGUAGGUGACCUUCCACUUCUUGCUUCCAGAGAUGAGUUAUUUGCUAAUAAAUUUGACUACGAAUUUGAACCAUUGGCUUACAAUUGUAUGGAAGAAUUGUUGUUCAAUAGGACC